GUCUCCAAGAACACAAACCACACUAUGCAUGCCCAUUCGAAUACCUUUCAAAGUUCGCAGUCCAUUCCUCUCGCUUAUAGCCAACGGGUGUACGCGUGCAUUUUCAGGCCGCAGGUACGCAGGAGAAGAAGCGGGAAUUGCACUGGAUUGGGUUCGUAAGUUCGAGUCACGAAAGCUCGGGAGGGAGGAUGUGCAUCUAGAAUUCACGCGCAGCUCUGGUCCUGGAGGGCAAAAUGUUAACAAGGUUAAUACAAAAGUUGUGAUACGGUGUCCCCUCGAUUCAACGCCAUGGAUACCGGUUUGGUGCCGUGAGAAUCUUCGGACGCUCCCUGCAUACGUUCCUUCAUCGCGGUCCAUCAUGGUGACAUCAACUCGCUUUCGAUCGCAAGCGCAGAACGUCGAAGAUGGGCUUCGAAAGCUGCACGACACCAUUUUGUCUUGCAUUAGGGGCUUUAUUGUGAACGAGCCAACGGAGGAACAACGACAACAUGUCCGAAAUCUGGAGAAGAAGGGGAAGGCUAAGAUGCGAAUCGAGAAGGAGAGACGGGGAAACGUGAAAAGUUUGAGAAGUAGAGUUCGGUUCGACGAUUGAGCUCUGCCUUGUGCAAUGUUGUAUUCCUACUCAUUCCCAAAAGAGAUAAGACUUUUAGAUUCCUUCUUUUUCUUCUUCGUCUUCGCAGAGUCUUUGCUGGGUUUCUCAUCCCGUGAUGCUGGAGUCUUGCGUUUCGCCCCAAGCACACCCAAAUUUUGUUGGCCAGUUGAUAUGGUUACCUUUGAGGAUGAGGAGAUGGAUAGCGAGUCGGCUUUCAGAGAUGAUCCUUGAUGUGGUCUUGUGUCUUCUGGGGACCCGGGUAAUUUCUUAUCUUCAAUUUUACUCUCUGGUUCGGGAAGUGGUGGCAAUCCUUGCGCU